AUGAAAUACAUAUUUAAUAGAUACAAUGCAUUAUUACUUAGAAGACCAUUGAUCACCAAUAUGAUCACCACGGGAUUAUUAGUUGGUGGUGGCGAUGCAUUAGCCCAAUUCUUCUUUCCCAACAAUGAUAACAACAAUCUAGAACAACAACCAUUUGAUUAUUUGAGAAACCUUCGAGCCAUCAUAUAUGGAUCAUUAAUAUUUGCUCCUAUAGGCGACAAAUGGUAUAAAUUCUUAAACACCAAAGUUGUAUGGACAAGAAAUGCUCAAAAACCUCAAUAUCAACGAUCAAUGUCGACUCUAUUACGAGUAAUGGUUGAUCAAUUGGUGUUUGCCCCAUUUAUUGGUAUCCCAUUAUACUAUAGUUCAAUGACAAUUUUAGAAAAUAGACAACCAUUCUUAGAUAAUAUAAUUGAUAAAUUUAAUACUAGUUGGUGGAUCACUUUGAAAAGCAAUUGGUUAGUGUGGCCAUUAUUCCAAUUCUUCAAUUUUUAUUUAUUACCAGUUCAAUUUAGAUUAUUGGCAGUUAAUAUUAUUAGUAUUGGAUGGAACACAUAUUUGAGUUAUGUCAUGCAUAGCCAGAAAUAG